AUGGGUCGUGGUCGAAGUCGGAGUGAAAGUUCCAGCAAAAGUUGUAGUCGUAGCCGUAGUCAUAGUCGAAGUCCUAAUAAUGGUCAUCGCGGCCGUAGUCAUAGCAGACGACGUGGUCGUACGAGAAGCCGAAGCCAUCAUCACGACCGCCGAAGCCGAAGUCGUUCAAGUGAUCGAGAAACUACGGAUUUGCUAAAACUUUGUUGGAAACCGCUGAAAGAUGAUUCAAGGAAUUUUGAUGCAUGGACUCAUCUUUUGCAAUACAUCGAACAACUUAAUGAAACAAAAGCAGCUCGCGAAGCAUAUGAUGACUUUUUUAAAAGAUAUCCAUACUGUUAUGGUUAUUGGAGAAAGUAUGCUGAAUUUGAACGUCGCCAUAAACACUACGACCGCUGCACUGAAGUUUAUGAACGUGGAGUCACGGCCAUACCACUGAGUGUUGAUCUGUGGCUUCAUUACAUUGCUUUUGUUAAAGAAAUCGUUCAACAUCAGGAUAACGCAGUACAGAAAACCAGAUUAAUUUAUGAUAAUGCAAUCGAGGCAUGCGGUAUGGAAUUUCGUUCGGAUAAGCUGUGGGAUGAAUAUAUUAACUGGGAGUUGAGUAAUGGUGAAACUGUACGAGCCGGAGCACUUUUUGAUCAGAUAUUAAGCAUACCUACUUUGCUUUACAGUAACCAUUUUGACAAAUACAAGACCUUUGUGAAUUCAAACGAACCGGAUCGAGUGGUGAGUCAGGACGAAUACAGCGAAAUUUUUGCGAAAGUUGAAGCAGACUUGCGUAAUACGGUUGAUGGUGAUCUAUUUUUUUUAGAAGACUGCGUCGAUGAAUCCUCAUCGGAAUGCAUCGCAGAAGGUGGCGAAGAAGUAUCGAAAAGGGUUUUUACGAAGCGCAAGCAUUGCGAAGAAGCUCUACGUGUUUUACGAACAGAAAUACUCGAACGACGAAAUAAAAAAUAUUUAUUAAAUGAACAGGAAGUUAGUCGACGUUGGGCAUUUGAAGAAAAUAUAAAACGGCCAUAUUUCCAUGUAAAACCACUAGAGCGUGCUCAGUUACGUAAUUGGCGUACUUACCUGGACUUUGAAAUUGAAUGUGGUGACAUCACACGCAUUACAGUCCUAUUCGAGAGAUGUCUAAUCGCUUGCGCUUUAUAUGAAGAAAUGUGGAUUAAGUAUGCUCGUUAUCUGGAAAGCAUUGGAGAAUCCAGCCGUGCCCGUAGUGUUUUUCGUCGAGCAACCGAAGUCCAUUUACCUCGCAAACCGAAUGUUCAUCUUGCUUACAGCGCCUUCGAAGAAAAAAAUGGUAAUAACCACAGCAAUUGUGAUAUUUGUGAUAUACGAACCGGUGAUCUCUUUUUCCGUUUAUUCAUUCAUGUGGUUAAGUUUGAUGAUAAGCUAAAGUAUUAUCACCGUCAACAGACAACAUUCAUUCAUGGUGCUCUGCUCGUCCAACAACUAGAUAGCAAGGAUUCUCCGGAUUAUUCUUCUGUGAUAUCACGUUUUGAGCGUCUCAUACACGAUUCACGUACUCCACGUAAACUAUCUGCUUUUUAUGCCUUGAAACUAGCCAGAUUUCAUGCUAAAACACGAAAUGAUCGUAGGCUUGCUGAAAAAAUUAUAAGAGAUGCAAUAAAUCGUGAUAAGAGCAAUCCGCAGCUGUACUUGGCUUUAGUUGAUUUAGCCUAUACGGCGCCAUUAUUCAAUGAGCGAAGUGUGAUCGAAGCAUUGAAUGAAGUUCUUGACAGUGAUCAGCUUUCUGAUGAAGAUAAACUGCGUUUUUCACAGAGAAAGUUGGACUUUUUGGAGGAUUUGGGGACAGACGUUGAAGUCCUCCAGAAGCAUCUCGAAUAUCAUACGCAACUUCAAAAAAGUAUUGAGAAUGUUGCUGUACCAAGUAAAAGAGUAGCUGAUGUGAGAGGUUCUGGUGAUCCAAUUGAAAAAAAGAUGCGAACAGCUACGUGUUACACGGCAUAUCCAACUCAUCAGCAGCAGCAGUACUAUGCACCUGCGCCUAGCACAGAUAAUGGCGUAGCAGCAGUAGCAGCAGCACCAUAUGGAACAAUACCAGCAGCAGCAGCUACAGUUGGCCAGCAACAACCACCAAUAUCUAGCACAACUCAAUACUAUUAUCCUGGACAGCAACAACAACAACCAACGAUAGUUCAACCAGUUCCUGUUUUAACAACGAUUCAACCGAAUUAUGUUCAACAAUAA